GUAGCUGCGAGAUAAGGCUUUGGAUUUGCUGGCUGUGAACCCCACAUGGAAAUUAAAUAAGCUUUGAAGUGACACCUGUAGGAAGAGUUAUAUCCAUCAUCGAGAGAAAAAAACACCUACCUCACACAAAGAAAACGCAAGACUCCUGUGAAGCAUGAAGACGCACCUGUUGCUACCUGUGACUAUAAUGGUGUCUGUCGCUUUGGUGGGAGUCAUGAAAAUACGGGGAAAGGAGCGGGACAAAGUAGAGAGACGGAGUAGGUUUGAGGGUAUCAAGCUGCGGGUGACCCACGAUGUAUUGGAUGAGUAUGAGAGCGACGUGAAAGACACACAGACGCUGCUCGCGAAAGCCGAGACGGACUUCAAAGCGCUGGAUGGAGAAGUGAACAUGCUCUGGGAUAAAGACAAUCAGAAGAGGGGAGAAGUGGAUACAUGUCAGGCAGUCCAGAAAACUGUAAGAGAUGCGCUGGCAUCAGCAGAGACAGAAUUCAGUAAUGUCCAAGCUGAUUCCACUAAGGAGAAGGACGGCUGGAGCGCAGAACUGGCAACUCUGAAACAGCAACUAGAAACACGGAGCUCAGUGUGUGACUUUAUAAAACCAGGAGUAGAUACUGAUAAAAGAAGAAAGUUGUGUGGUGAGGUGAUUGUUGAGGCCCCCAAACCAGAGGAGCCAAAAGCAGAGGCCCCCGAACCAGUGGAGCCAAAGGCAGAGGCCCCUAAACAAGAGGAGCCAAAGGCAGAAGCCCCUAAACCAGAGGAGCCUAAAGCAGAGGCCCCUAAACCAGAGGAGCCUAAAGCAGAGGCCCCUAAACCAGAGGAGCCUAAAGCAGAGGCCCCUAAUCCACAGGAGCCUAAAGCAGAGGCCCCUAAACCAGAGGAGCCUAAAGCAGAGGCCCCUAAACCAGAGGAGCCUAAAGCAGAGGCCCCUAAACCAGAGGAGCCUAAAGCAGAGGCCCCUAAAGCAGAGGCUGAGCAGAGAUGAGGUAUUAGAACUUAUGUUUUCCACUCUGCAGCACUCCAUCUGUUAGAUAAUCAGUUUUUGCAACUAGAUGUCGUCAUGUUGCUUUACUGGGCUGAUGUUACAUUUGGUACAGGUGGGAACCUAAAGUUGGGUCUUCAGGUUUUCGCUGUUGCCAAAUGGGAUGUUGUGAAACAUUCCUCCUCAAUUUGUUAUUUAUGUUUAUCGUACAAAAUCAAAUUUGACACUCAACAUCAUUCAAUGUUGUUAAUCUUAAAGAUACAUUCUGGUGCAGGACAUGUGCUUUUGUUUUGUUUGUGGUUUAUCUGUGCGAGUUUUGUUGGUGUAAAAUGCUUUGUAUUAAACUGAUCAUGUCACUGUAUGUGAAUGUUUUGUGCUUGUUGGGUUCAAGAGUUAACUCACAUCUGCAGUAAGUGAAAGGCAAUACAAGAGAUUUAAGUAAUCAUUUACUAAUUUCAUUGGAAGGCAAGUGAGUGAAGUGGGUGGAGCUACAGGGGCCAGCUGUACAUUCAGAUUCAUGUUUUAUUGCUGCCGCUUGUCAUGGAUUUGUGGCAAAAGGAUAGUAAACAUAUACAGUAGCU